AACAAGUUAUGACUCAAUGUAUUCCUCCACUUCAACAAUUACCUAAAGAUCAAUCUUGUCAUUAUUCUUGUUGUCUCAGACCUGCUCCAAUUAGACCCUAUGAUGAUAAAUUAUUUUCUAUGAGACAUUCAAUUCCACAUUCUAAUCCUCCAUUAUUUAACAAUAUGACUUCACCAAAGUAUCUUUUUCAUGGAGGUUUUAAUGUUAAACCUUCAACUAAAGAAGAAAAUCGUUAUCAAUGUCCAUAUUGUACAAAACGAUUUUCUCGUCCUAGUUCUCUUAAAAUUCAUAUUAAUUCACAUACCGGUGAAAAACCUUUUGUUUGUACUGAACCGGGUUGUGGUCGAAGAUUUUCGGUCCACAGUAAUAUGCGUAGACAUUUAAGAGUUCAUCGAAUAGGUAGACCUAUUAAGAAAACUUACAAUGAUCACGAGAAUAAAGGAUACAGUAUUUGGAAUCCUACUCCGAUUGUUCAUGGUGAUUAUUCGUAG